GCAAUGUCCCCAGACCUGCCCAGGGAGGGACGGAGCAAAGUCACUGAGCCACUCUCACCGGCUUCGUUACACUGACCACCUGUUCAAAAAUUAAAAAAGACAGACGCCGCAUGCCAUCGCCGUCCCUCCCGUAGAAAUAGUAUGUGGGACGGGAUCUGCCUGGAGAGCACUGACCGGGACGAGACAGAAGUGGAGUGAAGAGCAGCGGAGUGCGCCGCGGCUGACGCACCGCAUGUUGAGACGGCAAGUUGACUGAAAUAUCAAAAGUCGCGUCGACGGGAGAAGGGGACAGUCGCUCUUGGAUUUAACGGAGGUUUGAGAGGACGGUGGUUCCGACAAAAUGAAGUUCGCGGAGCAUCUUUCGUCCCACAUCACUCCGGAGUGGAGGAAACAGUAUCUUCAAUAUGAGGCAUUCAAGGACAUGCUGUAUGCUGCCCAGGACCAAGCCCCGUCCAUAGAAGUCACAGAUGAAGACACGGUGAAGAGAUACUACGCAAAGUUUGAGGAGAGGUUUUUCCAGACCUGCGAGAAGGAGCUCCUGAAAAUCAACACAUUCUAUUCAGAAAAGCUUGCUGAAGCACAGAGACGCUCCGCCACGCUGCAGAAUGAGCUGCAGUCUUCACUGGACGCUCAGCGUGAGAGCAACGCUCCACCCGGCCUGCGGAGACGCAAGACGAUGUUCCACCUGUCGCAGGAGGAACGCUGCAAACACCACAACAUCAAGGACCUGAAGCUAGCCUUCAGCGAGUUCUACCUCAGCCUCAUCCUGCUCCAGAACUACCAGAACCUGAACUUUACUGGUUUCCGUAAAAUCCUGAAGAAACAUGACAAGAUCCUGGACACUCCUCGCGGGGCCGACUGGCGUGUGGCUCACGUGGAGGUGGCACCUUUCUACACCUGCAAGAAGAUCACACAGCUCAUCUCCGAGACAGAGACCAUCGUCACCACAGAGCUGGAGGGAGGAGAUCGUCAGAAGGCCAUGAAGAGGUUGAGAGUUCCUCCACUGGGGGCAGCUCAGCCUGCUUUGGCUUGGACAACCUUUCGUGUGGGACUCUACUGCGGCUUCUUUAUCAUUCUGGCUAUCGCCUUUGUUCUCACUGGUGCUGUGUUUAUCCGCUUGGAGAACGUGUGGCCACUGGUGCGGAUCUAUCGGGGCGGUUUCCUGUUGAUCCAGUUCCUUUUCCUGUUGGGCAUCAACACCUAUGGGUGGAGGCAGGCCGGAGUCAACCAUGUCCUUAUAUUCGAGAUCAACCCCCGAAACAACCUCUCACACCAACACCUGUUUGAGAUUGCUGGUUUCCUGGGUGUGUUGUGGUGCCUCAGCAUCCUCUCCUGUCUCUACUCAGAGUACACCUACAUCCCCAUGCAGAUCAAUCCGCUAAUCCUUUAUGGCUUCAUGGUGCUCUUCCUACUCAACCCCUUCAAGACCUGCUACUACAAAUCGCGAUUCUGGCUCCUCAAGCUGCUGUUUCGGGUGUGCACAGCACCGUUUCACCGGGUGGAGUUUGCAGACUUCUGGCUGGCUGAUCAGCUGAACUCUCUUGUGUUUGUUCUGAUGGACCUGGAGUAUCUCAUCUGCUACUACAUCUUUGAGCUGCAGUGGAACAACAGCAAGGGCCUGCUGCCCAAGUUUAAAGAGCCUGAUGACCACAUAUGCCACAGCUACUCGUACGGUCUGCGUGCCAUCAUCCAGUGUCUGCCCGCCUGGUUCCGCUUCAUUCAAUGCCUGAGGCGUUACCGUGACACCAAGAGGGCCUUCCCUCACCUGGUGAAUGCUGGGAAAUAUUCUACCACCUUCUUUGUCGUCACCUUUGCUGCGCUGUAUGCCACACACAGAGAGCAAGGACACACGGACGCCGACAUGUUCUUCUACCUGCUGAUCGUGUUCUCAACAAUCAGCUCCCUGUACACACUGAUCUGGGAUCUGCGCAUGGACUGGGGUCUCUUUGACCGUGGAGCCGGAGAAAACACCUUCCUCAGAGAAGAAAUUGUUUACCCACACAAGGCCUACUACUACUGUGCCAUCAUAGAAGAUGUGAUCCUGCGUUUUGCCUGGACGAUCCAGAUCUCUCUGACCACAACGACCAAGAUCCACUCUGUGGGCGACAUCGUUGCCACGGUGCUGGCUCCACUCGAGGUCUUCAGGCGUUUUGUGUGGAACUUCUUCCGUCUGGAGAACGAGCACCUGAAUAACUGUGGUGAGUUCCGUGCCGUGAGGGAUAUCUCCGUGGCGCCACUCAACGCUGAUGACCAGACGCUGCUCGAGCAGAUGAUGGACCAGGACGAAGGCGUCCGGAACCGUUCAGGCAAGAAGACCUGGAAGAGGUCCUACAGCCUGUCUCUCCGACGCCCCCUGCUGUCCUCCUCACAAUCUAAAAAGGACACCAAGGUGCUAAUUGAAGACACGGAUGAUGAGGCCUUCAGCUGAGUUCACAACAUCUCACACACAAACACAUACAUACUAUACUUACAAUGACCUCAUUCACUAACACCCAACCCUCAACCCUUCUCCCUUUGUAGUGAUUAGAGCAGUGACCCUCAGUAUAAACCUUUAAAGCACUGAGGACCUCACAUGGUCCUCGCUUUGGACAAUUUACCUCAUCUUUAAAUCCCUGUGAGUAUAUUUGGUCUUUAUAAGUAUAGACAAACACACUCAAUACACACUAUAAUGCUGUAACACACAUAAACAUAAACCUGCUGAUGAAGCACAAACAUAGUUUAUUAGCUACAGUUGAGGAGAGAGCUUACGACAGACAGACAGACAGACAGACAGAUGGACAGACAGACAGACAGACAGAUGGACAGACAUCAAGGGAAAUCUUCUGCACAUAUGUGGAAACGCCACACUGCCCUGGGAUUAUCCUCCUCUUCUUUAGAAAGACUUUUACUUUGAGAUAUUUGUGUUUCUUUAGAUUUUUUUUCUUUACUUUUUCUGGAUUUAUUUCAGAGAAGCUGCAUCGACUGUUUACAAUCCUUUUUAACUACUCUAGGAUCAACAGGGAGAAGACAAGCCAAUCAAAAGACUGAAUAUAAAUCAAUAGAAACCUGAGGAAGGACUCAACACAAAUCACAGCAUAUCAAAACAAAUCAACUGGUUUCAACUUGUUGAUUCUUUUUAUACUCCGCCUGUUUUUUUUUUGGUUGAGUUGUAAUAACUUCAGUGUGUAAUCCCAACUUUGAGGCAUUUGCAGGAAAAGUGCAUUUAAUACACAAAACAAUGAAGAAAAAACCUACUUGUACACCAAAAGGGAAGUUUUGAUUCAAACAUUUCUAGUUUGUGAAGUUACUUUGUAAUAUUUAAUAUAUUUGGAUGUGCAUUAUUACUCUGUUGUAGUUGUUAAGUACUUCUACAUGUGUUGUUUAUACUAGUGAGACUAGUUGAGCAUCCACACGAUGAUUGUUUAUGUAUUUUAUAAGGUUUGGAAUGUUUUUCUUGGUUACACUUGUGCCAUGUUUUUAAUAAGCUCAUAUUUAGACCUCAAUUUUUCCCCAACCUAAAAUUAAGGUACACCGACUUGUAAAUCAUUGUGUCAUGUCAUCUCAAAGUGCCCUAUUAGAUACAAUAUAUGUGUGUGCAUUGCCAUUCUUUGCAUUAACUACCAAAGCUUUAUUUUUAUGAAUGUGUCCAUUCAAACCUGCACAAAGCUUGUUUAAAGAUUAGAGUGUUUUUAAGUACACCUUUUGUUUUAGCAAGUAGUUUCUGUGUUGUUCUAAGUCCAAGUGAUAUGAGUAGUGUGUCAAAUGUUCAGUUAGUGAUUCAAGGUGUAUAUGCCAGUGGCUCUCAAACUGGGAGGGGGACCAGAGGGGGAAAUGAUGAGCUCUGAUGCUAACAAGUCAAGAAAAUCAAGACUCAUUAAUCAAAAAAUAAUAAUAUGAAAGGCUUAUCUUGCUUCCAUGUUUACUGUCAAUAAAGCGGGAGAGCCUUUAUGUCUGUCAUGUUCAAUAUGCAAUGAAAUUCAAAUUGGCUUUUUUUGUGGUGUACGACAGCAAUAGUUUGAGAAGCACUGGUUUAUUAGACUUAAACUUUCACCCAAUUAUACUCAUAAAUCAGAAUGCACAUGGACGAUUAAACCUCUUCCAACAUCUGAAACAAAAAAGUGGAAGUCUUUGAGGCUGUCAUUGAGUUACUUUGUGGCAGUCAAAUCUGGCUCCACUGCAAAAGCUCUUUCAGUGCUCUUAAAUAGUAAAUAUCUAUAAGCUGUGACACGUUUCGCAGCUCCCGUCCAGCUCUGAAUCAGUCAGGUUUCACCACAUUCACCGUUGAAGUUGUGAAGUUGUUUGUUUGUUUGUUUGUUUGUCUCUAAUGUUCAGUGUUGCCUCGUUAUUUUAGCACUUUUACAAAGUAAUUUCAAGUGUUGUGAUUUGUUAGAUCAAAUGUAAUCUACUGAUCUUAGGUAAGGACAUUUUUUUAUAACCAGUAAAAAUGUGCUGUAAGUCUGACAUCUUCUAUUUACUCCCUCAGCUUAUUUUCAAACCAGCAGCUAACACUUAAAGAACAGUUGGUUAUAAUUUUAAAGUGCUAAAAAGGUGCUGCUGCUGGUAAAGCCCCACUGGUUUUCAGAGGAAGGAUGCUUACUUUAAUGGUGGUUUGUGUGUUUCACUUUCUCUUCCUGUUUGACCCUCUCACUCUGCUCUCUGGUCUACUGUUCCUCCCUGCGUCACCAUCAGUCAUGUGACGGAGUCCAGAGAGCCACAAGACAAAUGUUAUACAGAAAGUCCUGUUUCUUCCUUGUUUGUUUUUCCUGUAGCGACUAAAGGAGCGAAAAUCUUUUAUGUGCAAUGAGCUUAAUGUGAACUAGAAAGCUAGAAAGUUUUUUAAAAAAUGUAGAAGAUGGGUAGCUUCCCAGUCCAUUUAAAUACACUGAGCACAUACCAUAACUGUCUACAGGCAUUAAACACGACACACACACAAACACACACACACACACACACACACACACACACACACACACAUAUACAUAACAUUACAACCCUCUCUCUCGUGUCGGAGAGCACAACUCUACAGCAGAAAGUUUUGUAAAAAAAAAAAAAAAAAAAAAGGCUCUGCUGUCUUGCCUGCAUGCUGCUUUAGUUUUACAUUGUACAUAGGUCUUAAUUUAUUUGACAUGAUAUGUAUAUUUGCAAUCAUUGUUGCUGCUGCUACAAUGAUUGAUUUCAUACGUUGCCAUUAUUGCUCCAAGACAAGCAGUAUUUUUUAGGUGAUAAGGAGCAUUUGUUUUUGAUUGAUCACGAUCCUGCACUCCUUUUCAUGUGUAAAUCUGUUGACAAUGUGUUUGUAUAAAAAAAAAAAAAAAAA